AUGGGUGGAUAUAUAACAGCUUGGGCUGAGGGAGAAAUAGGCAAAAGAUUGGCAUUAUCCCAGUAUUGGUGUCUAGAACCGAUUGAUAUGUAUAGAUUCAAUGUUCAUGAUGGUCACUUUGGGGGUAUUGUGGACUUGAAGGUGAGAACUUGCACUUGUAGAGUGUUUGAUUUCUACAAAUUGCCAUGUGGUCAUGCCCUGGCUGGUGCACGUUCACGCAAUAUUCACCCAUAUAAUUUGUGCUCCUCAUACUAUCAAACAGAAGCUCUGCUGUGUGCCUAUGCCGAUUCGAUAAUGCCUCUGGGCAGCCAAGUCGACUGGACUGUGCCGGCGAAAAUUGCAUCUAUUAAAUUGCUACCGCCGGCAAGUAGACGCAAACGUGGAAGACGUCAGAUUUGUCAAAUUCCCUCAGCCGGUGAAGAGAAGAGGAGGGUAAAAUGCAAUCGUUGUGGUCUAAUUGGUCACAAUCGCCAAACUUGCUCUAAUCCAAUAACUUUGUUGUCAUAA